AUGGACUCUUAUGGUCCAUCGAUACUGGCAACAACAAUCCUCUUCCUUGUUCUUGGUGUUGUUGUUGUCUCGCUUCGUUAUUACACUCGAGUUGUCAUUCGAAAUACCAUUGGUCACGAUGACUUUCUCAUUCUCUUCGCUCUGGGCCUCUAUAUGGUGAUGGCGUCACUACUUUUCGUUGGCGUUCAACGGGGCAUUGGUCAACAUAAGAAAGGACUGGAUACAGAUGACAUUGUCGAAAGCUCCAAGGUUUACGUCUGGCUAACAGUCUUAAUUUACAUCAAUGCUGUCACCGCGGUUAAAGCUUCCUACGCCACUUGUCUCCUUCGCCUGACUGAGGUUAGCCCUUGCGCGUACGCUCUCUGGGCUGGGCUUGCUAUCAACGUCAUUCUUUGCUUCAUAGCAAGCUUUUACUUAAUCUUCAAUUGCCGGCCAAUCUCAUAUGCUUGGACGCAGGGCGAUUCGACUGUCGAUGGAUAUUGUAACUACGACUCAGCAGAUGCUCUAGGGUAUGCAUGGGCAGGACUUUCUCUUGCACUAUACCUCCUCUUUACCCUCGUUCCAGUCGCAUUAGUUUGGGAUAUGCAAAUGCAUAUAAAAACCAAGACAUUUGUCGUCACUGUUUUGGGAUUAGGGUUACUUGCAGGUGUUGCGUGCGCUGUGCGCAUCGGAGUGUUUGCGGUGGAUUUAGAUUAUACCGAUCCCCUUUAUUCCAUAUCCCCGAUGCUCAUUUGGUCUGUGGUGGAAGCCGGCCUAGGAAUCGUUGCUAGCUGCAUUGCAACAUUAAGACCCUUACUUCGACACUACAACAUUCAAGGCUUAGAAGAGAUUGAGCUCGAAGGCGAGGUUGGACACGGUGAGCCUGGACAGGAAGACGGCCGUCGAGCAUACAAGAUGUCAACCGUAUCCCAGAUCCUCAACAAGUUUACCGGUCACGGUGCACAUACGGUUACAGUGAUCCAUCAAGGAAGUGUAGCUACUAUCCCUGGGCAUGGUCAAAUCAAGGAAAGAAAGACGUAUAACAUUUCUACUCUUCAGAGAAGUUCGGUGGACAUGCAACAUGAUCGAGAAAUGCAAGGAACUGCUGGCAAAGUUCCGGAACCGGAUGAUGUGAAUACUGGCGGUUGGUAA